CUCUCCCCCUUCUCCUCAGUACCACUGCAGGCUUCAUAGUGACUGGCUGGUGGUUGACACAGUCCUGGGCAGAGAGCUGGUGUAAGGAAGGGAGGGGGUGAAUAAAGCAGAUCUCUGCUUCUGUAUUUCACAUCCUUCUUGAUAUUAACCAGUUCGACUUCUACCUUCUUCCUAAGCACGAGCUUCAGCUGAAUUAAAACAAAGAGCAUUAUGCUGCAGUGCCAGGGAACAGAAGUUCCUGCCUGAUCUGUGUGUUUGUUCCUGUAUCCCCAUCCUGGUGCACCAUCUGGAUAAAAAGGUAAUAUUUCUCUGACAUCUGACAUUAACAGAGCUUACAGAAAGAAGUAGACUGUCAGCAGGUCUUUUGUCGGACAAGGAAGAAUGACGGACAAUAGGCAGGAUGAGCCCAAGGCCACCCACUGGGCACCUGGGCAGCUCAGCGAGGCUUCACCUCUCCCACAUGCCACAGAUAUGAAGGAACAAGGGGGAGCAGGGGAGGGAAUGGUCCACAGCUCCAAUGGGAUUCCUUUCCGAGAGGCAGAGGAAAGAACAUAUGGGGAAAGGGAUCUGCCAGCCUCUCAUUCUGCUGGUAAAGAGAAUGGCAUCAAUGGAGAAAUGCCAUCAGCAGACUCCGAAACUGCAGAGGAGGUAUCUGCACGAAUAGUCCAAGUAGUUACUGCUGAUGCUGUAGCGGUCCUGAGAGGUCAACAGGAGAAGGAAGCCCAGCUCAGAGGCCCACCAGGAGAUCUUCCUUUAGCUGUUGAAGAUACAACCAACCUUCCUCCUUCUCCUCCGCCAUCACCAGCUUCAGAACAGAUGGGUACAGUGGAGGAAGAAGAGAGAGUUAAGGGACCUAUUCAUGAGGAAGAAGAAGAGAAAUCUCAGGGCACGGAAGGCAGUGAGACCUCAGUCUUGGGACUCAGAGAGAGCCAAGCAGUUUCAGAAUGUGAUGUCAAAAAACAACAUGAAGACAAUGUUGUAGACGAAACAUGUGAUGUGAAAAGCACUACAGAGUCAACAACUGUGGUAUUGCCUUCCUUACCAGAGGAAGAUCUUCUUACAGCCUCGAAGAUGGGAGCACAAGAUACAUUGGAAUCUACUCCACUCUGUGUUGAAACCUUACAUACAGCUGAAGAUGCAUCACCAACUAAAAUUGAAAAAGAUCUAAGGCAAAAUACCCUGGAUCUGCAUGCGCCUGACAUUGAAGAUAAGCGACUGCCUUCAUUGCCUUUAGAGGAAAUUACGAGUGGGCAGAUUGGGUUUGAACCCCACCAUGUUCAUACAUUUUCUAUUGAGCCAUGCACCCCAACAUCACCUAAUGUUCCGAAACACAACUUAUAUGACAUACCAGAUGAGAGCUCAACAAUGGAAUGGAGCAAAAUCCAGGAUACAAGCAAAGAUUCAUUAAUGAAAGAAAAAGAGGACUUUUCAGCUGUUGAAAAAAAUAUAGAAGCUGAAACUCCAAUUCAUACUUUACCUUCAAAUCAAAGUGAAAUCUCUAAGCCACUAGAUAAAGAUGAGGAUCAGCAUAUUGAAGAUGAUUUUUCUUCACAUACAUCAUUGUCUGUUUUGAAAGACCUUCCAAGCAUAGCUAAAACAGAACUGUCUAGUAAUGCCUCACUCAUAGACAAUCCCCUAGAUAAAUACACACAUGAAAAUGUUUUUUCAGAUGAGCAAGAAGUAAUUUCAGAAAUGUCCAGUUUAUGUGGUAUUCCUUCAACAUUAGUUUCAAUUGAUGAAAGCAGUAAAGCCUAUCAAGCAGAAGUGAAAGAUGAUGGCGAUGUUAAGUCAGAUAUGCUGAAAUCACAUUCAACAGAUGCUACAGCAGUUCCACCAAAACAGUAUGAAACUGAUACUUCCGAAUCUGGUGCAGAGCAAAGCAAAAAUACAGGAACUCAUUCUGACAAAAUGUCAUUGGACAGUGGAGUGGAGGGGCCAAUAAGCCUAAAGGAAUCUGAAUCUGUUGAUGAGGAAUUUGUUUCAGAUAGUUAUGAUGCAACAAAGAAAAAUGGUAAAGACCCAUUAGAAGCUCCAGGUAUGAAAGGUGAAAUGUCUGAGCUAAUGUCUCAACUGCAAGAUGAAAAGGACACUGAAGAACAAAAAUCACCUGUAGCUGAGGAUAAGUCUGGAAUGUCUACAUAUUUUGAGACAUCUACUUUAAAAGAGGAAAUAGACAGAGACAUUCAGAAAAGCAGUGAUUAUUAUGAACUUACUGAUGUUAAAGAACCGCAAUACGAGGCUUGCUCUAUCCCUCAUAUAGCUAAAGAAGAAGAAGAUGAAGAGAGCGGGGACUUAGAGCAAGUCACAGAAGAGAAGGUCAGUACUUCUGCUCAUGAAGUAGGCUACAGCACACUCACUUCCGGAAAGCUUCAAGCAAGGUUUCCUGCAGGGCAACGCCUGUUUACUAUAGAUCCAAAUAUCUAUGCUGAUAAAUCUGAAUAUCUGAGUAAAAACAAAGAUGAUCUAACACUCAGUCGAAGUUUAGGGCUUGGAGGAAGAUCAGCUAUUGAACAAAGAAGCAUGUCCAUAAACCUUCCUAUGUCCUGCCUUGACUCUAUAGCACUGGGAUUUAGCUAUGCUCGUGCUCAUGAUCUUUCUCCCCUAGCUACAGAUAUUUUGUCUAACACAAGUGGGAGCAUGGAUGACGGUGAUGAAUCUGAUUUACCUGCCAUAACACCAGCUCUAGAGAAAGCUAUUUCUUUUCCUGAAGAUCAAGAGCAAGAAGAAGAGGAGGAAGAGGAAAAUAAUGAUGCAGAGAUAUCCACAGAAAAGGAAACAUUUGAGUUAGAGCCAUUGUAUGAGUCAGAUUAUCAAGCUAACGAAUAUUACAAAAAUGGUACCAUCAUGGCACCAGACUUGCCUGAAAUGUUAGAUUUAACUGGAUCACGAUCCAGGCUAGAUUCAGUUAAUGCAGAUUCUGAGGCCACAAGAAGAAAUUCUGGAACAUCUGAAAUUGUUAUUGAUGAAAGUUGUGUAUUUCAGCAAACAACUGCAACUGAGGGAAGUAACCUUUUGGCAAAGACAGAUAGUCAGCAAGAAGAACUGGGCUACUGUGUUUUUAAUAAAUACACAGUUCCAUUGCCUUCCCCCGUACAAGACAGUGAGAGUCUUGGUGGAGGGAUGUCUACACUUUAUGAAAGCCAUGCCGUAGAUCCUUCCAUUAUUGAGGUUAAACUGGCAGCUGCUGAAAAAUUUGGUAAAGAGGGACAAGAUAUAUCCAGUGAAACAGUUUGUUGGGAGUCAGAGUUGGAGAAGAAAGUCAGUGAGAUUAAGCUUGACACAGUUGUUGAGAAAAGUGAGGAGCAAAGUGAUUUAAAAGAAAUAUCUGAAAUCACAGAUUUGAUAAAGCCUGAAUCUACAGAUAAACCUUUAAUAGAAGAAAUAGGAAGCCCAGAAGAAGAAUUAUGCAUAUCACAGCUUGACAAAAAAUCAGUAGAAGAAUCAGGAGAACAAUUUCCACAAGAAACUGAAGAAAGCAAAUCUUCCUCUGCAGAUGUGGCUGGGAAAGAAAUAGAGGAACCAUCUGAAAAAGCAAUGAUUUCUGCUGAAGAGACACAAAGUAAUAUUGAGACUUCAGAACUAAUUAAAGAUACAUCACAUCUCAAGAAUGAGAUUCAAGAAAAAAUUGGCAUAGCAGAGCAAGAUAAUGCAAUAGAACUUGAUUCCAGUUUGAUCAAAGAUGCCAAAGAAACAGCUGAAGUUGAAGAGGUUACAGAUUCUAAAGAUGAGACAAAGCUUCUUGAAAGUGACUUGAAAGAGAAGGGUGUAAAACCCGACUUGGUGCACCAAGAAGCAGUGGAUAAGGAAGAAUCUUAUGAAUCUAGUGGAGAACCUGAGCAGCCUCAGGAGCCCACAAAAGAAGUGCCUGCAGAUGUGCAGAAAGAAGACAAAGAAGAUACAGCACCAGAAUCCCAAAAGGAACCCCAAACAACAAUUUCUUCUAACGAUGAUCUAAAACAAGAGCAGGCAGAUGAAAUGCAAACUGAAUGCUUAGGUGAGCCUCAUAAUGAGCAAGUGGUAGAGGUCAGUGUGGAAAAGGAAAUGCAAAUUGUCGAGGAGGAGAUACAAAAGCAUUUAGAUGAAGAAUAUGAUGAAGAAAAAGGGGAGACUGAAGAAACAGAAGAAGGAGACAAUGAGAUUACAUCAGAUGCUCCAGAACAAGAAUUAGAAGCUCAGGUACCUGAUGAAGAAGUAGCUGUAGGCUUCAUAGAUGAUGUAGCUGGAGUAAUUGAAUCUGUAGUCACAGUAGAUGAGGACUUCAUUCAAGUAGUGCAGAUUGCUGUAGAUGAUAAUGAAAUUUUGGCUCAUAGUGUGCAUUUUGCAACAUCAAUGCCUGUAGAGAGUGAAGAAAAACCUGAGCUAGAGGAAGAUAUAGAAGAAGCAAAGGAUGAACCAAAAGAAGGGUCACCUUGUGCACCAGCCUCUCCACAGAAAGAAGACACUUUGUUUACAGACUACAAGACAGAGACACAAGAUGAUUAUAGAGAUGAAACAACCAUUGAUGAUUCAGUGUUAGACACAGACAGCAUUUGGGUGGAUACACAAGAUGAUGACAGGAGCAUUAUGACUGAAGCAAUAGAAGCCAUCCCUAAGGAGGAGAAGGCAGAAAGAGAUUUGCAGAGGACAUCCACUGAGAAACAUAGGAAAGAGAAACCUUUAAAAUCUGGGCGUGCUCGAAUGUCUACUCCUGAGAGGAAAAUGGCUAAAAGGGAACCAAGUGCAACCUGCAGAGAUGAAGUGAGAAGGAAAAAAGCAGUACUUAAGAAAGCUGAAACCACUAAAAAAACAGAUGUUCAGCCCCACUCCCCUUCAAGGAAAAUAAUUUUAAAACCCGCUGUCAGACAGUCUAGACCCACUCAUCUGUCCUGCGUCCGGAGGAAGCCGGCAGGGGGAGAAUCACAACAGGCCUCUAGUGCCCACCGACAUCCCAGAGACCGAAUUGUGGAUGGGGUUUCCAAAAGCCCAGAGAAACGAUCAUCCUUGCCAAGACCUUCCUCCAUUCAUCCAAUCAGGAAAGUGUAUACAGACAAAGAAGAUAAUUCCUUUUCCACCAGCACAUCUGUCUCUUCCUCAGUGCGACGCACCACAAGGUCUGAACCUUGGAGUCGAACAGGAAAGAGUGGCACCUCAACACCUACAACACCUGGAUCAACUGCUAUUACUCCUGGGACACCACCCAGUUAUGCCUCUAGAACUCCUGGCACACCAGGCACACCCAGCUACUCACGCACACCACGUACUCCUGGAACACCCAAAUCUGCCAGGUUGUUCUCUGAAAAGAAAGUGGCCGUGCUUCGCACUCCUCCAAAAUCUCCUUCAACACUAAAACAAAUCCGAAUUUUUCAUCAGCCUCUGCCAGAUCUAAAAAAUAUAAGGUCCAAAGUCGGAUCAACAGACAACAUAAAAUACCAGCCAAAGGGUGGUCAGGUUAAGAUCUUAAAUGAGAAGAUUGAUUAUACAAGUGUUCAGUCUCGUUGUGGUUCCAAGGAUAACAUCACUCAUAAUGCAGGGGGAGGACAAAUCCAGAUUGUAAGCAAGAAGAUAGACCUUAGCCAUAUUACAUCCAAGUGUGGAUCUCUGAAGAAUAUACGCCACAAACCAGGUGGUGGACAUGUGAGGAUUGAAAGUGUAAAACUUGAUUUCAAGGAGAAAGCACAGGCUAAAAUUGGCUCUUUAGACAAUGCCAGUCAUAUGCCAGGGGGUGGCAACAUCAAGAUUGACAGCCAGAAGCUGAAUUUCAGAGAUCAGGCAAAAGCCCGCGUUGACCAUGGAGCCGAAAUCAUCACCCAAUCUCCAGGUCGCUCAAGUGCUGCCUCUCCUCAUCGUCUUAGCAAUGUGUCCUCUUCUGGAAGCAUCAAUCUCUUAGAAUCUCCACAGCUUGCUACUUUAGCAGAAGAUGUCACUGCCGCCCUCGCGAAACAGGGCUUAUGAAUGUUCUACUUUAGCAGUGGAUGAAAUUAAAUAAUUAUAAGAAUAUUAUGAAUAUUAAUGAUUAUAUUUAAAGCAUGAGCUCUUGGCAGGAUUCGGGCUCAGAGCAGGUAUCAUUCAUUCCUUAAGAGAUCCCUAUAAAAAUAAACCAAACACAGUUUAACAAAACCUACAUUAGUGUAGGGUUUUUACACAAUAUUCAUAAUGCUUUCACAAAGAGUGAUAUUCUAUUCAUAUGCUACUCACAGAGUAGAGUUUCUGACAAUUGACUUCACAGUAGUUUAUCUUCAGUCACUGGAAGAAUACCAACCUUCAAAUACAGUAUUAGGAUAAUCCCAAAGCAUAACAUAAAUCACUGCUCUUGACUAUACUUGCAUGGAGGCCUACAUUUCUUGUUGUAAGCUCAACAUGUGCCUGCCAACCAUCUGAAUAAAGUUUGCAUAAGAGCCAUGUAUAGUCAGAAAGGCUGCUCAUCUCCCUGUUCAGUUUGAUACUGGCCCAGCUCUUGAACAAUUGAAACAGUCCCAGUAAUUAUUCUAAUAAUGCUUUCUGCUUUAGAGGCUGAGAGGAGAAUAGGUACACACUCAUGUCCAAAUACAGAUGGCCAUACAGAUGGUGAAAAAGGUACCACCAACAUGGAAAAUGUGUAUCAAAGGAAAUAGGGAGGCAGUGUUGUAAGAGAAGAAGCUACCAACAUAAAGCACUUGUUUUAAGACUUAUUAGGUAGACUCUUGGCUGCUAAAAAGGCCUGCACUGUAUUCUAGGUAAUAAAGUGCAAGCCCUUUCAAGCAGAAGAGCUCAUUCAAAUAACAAUUAGCUUUGUGCAUAGGCAAACAUUUCUGCCACCUUUUUUUCUUCCUGUUUGAUACAGUAUUAUUAUUCUAGAUGUAUAUAUAUUUCUCUGUGGCCAUAUUUUCAUUCACUCUCCCAAACCUUUCAUAUACUUGAAACUUCAUUUAUUACUCACAGUAUCUGUGUCUGUUGCACCAUUUGGUAAAGCAAUUUUAGGUAGGCAUAAUUUAAUGUUAGGAAGCUUCUCUUUUUUUUUCCUAUAUAAAAAUGAACAAAAAAACUACACAUAUAUAUUAAAAAAGAAAAAAAAGAAAGAAAAAACUAAAACAGAAAAAAAAAUGCAGAGCUCUUUAGCAUGAAAUAGCUGUAUGGGGUGCUGGGGAGCAUUGGCUGUCAUGAUUCAACUUUCCUUUCUAUGCUAGGAUAGUACACAAAAGUGACUUUGCUUUCCUUGAGCGCCUCGUUUUUAAAGGGCUGCAGUGUGAGUCGAUUCUGGAUUUCACCCCUCUAAUAUGUCUGAUUCCUUAUUCCCUCUAAGAGAGAAUCGCAAACAAGGCUGUGCCUGUUUAUGUCCCCCAUUUGUUAAAGCUGAAAUCACAUCAGAAUUGCACUUUUGUAAGCCAGUUGACUUAUUAGUAGAAGGGGAGAGUGAUGACAAGACGUGUUUGUAAAAGUUUUAGGCUCUGGAAUAAUUUAAAGAGUAUGUAGUAACCAAGUUUCAGCUGUAUUACAUUGUAUCAAACCGUGGACAGUUUUUGCAUCUAUAUUAGUGAGUGUUUGAGUUUUACUCUUUAUGUCUAAAGAGCUUGCCUCUUCAUGGGUGGCAGACUCUCCGCACCAGUACUGGUCUGAGUUCAUGUUCUGCCAAUGCCUCUUUAUAGGUUAAUCAAGGGAUUCUUAGAUUCAGUGAGGGGCACAUGCUAUGUCAUUUUAGUUUUUCUCAACAAGAAAUUUGCUAAAAGUUUACUUUACAAAAGCUAUACUCAUUGAGUUUGCAUGCCAAUCUAUGAGAAAGUCUCAACACAAUUGUCCAUUUUUGCACACUUUACUAUAUAGCGAUAUGUGUUGUUCAACAUCGCUGAUCUUUGGCUUUCCAACUGUUGCCGUACAGUUCCCAGCAAUAAAAUAAGGUAUUAAUGACAGAUUGUGAUUGCCAGGCAGAUAGACAGAGCCACGUCUGUUAAGUAGUGAUCAAUUUCCCAAUAAUGACCAUACCAACAGUGUGUGUGAGUGCAGAGGUGAGGCACAUUCAGUUCUGCUCAAAGAGGAAAGGAGCAUGUAUCUAAUUAGAGAUCAAGACUUAUUUAGCCUAUGAAAAUGGCCUGUGAUAUAUAGAUAGAUUAUUAGUAUGGAGGUGCCUUGAAAGUAGACCAUUAAUAUUAGCAUAUAACAGUAGCUACCACCAACAGGUAGCUUUUUAUUGCAUCCUGAUCAGUUCAUUAAAGUUAAACAGCUAAAAAUCUGCCAGGUACCAGUCUAUACUGGAGCAGAAAUGUACCCCUUCUGUGUCUUUAAGUUGCUGAACAAAUACUAGGAAAUCAAUACCAAAUACCAGACAUCACUACUCACUGUAAUAGACUGAGCUGCUUGCACUUUCUCAUAGUGUCAUCAAGUAUAUAUGAACAUAUUUGCCUGUUAUAUGCAGUGUACACAUGCAUAAUGUGCAUCCAUAAUGAGGGAAGCCUAGCCUACAUUAAUGACCCAGCAUCUGUUAUCACAGUGUUAAUAAAGGAACACCUAGUAUACUACUUGUUCAUAUAAAACCCCUAUGAAAUAAAACUACCUGGCCAAGUUUGGAGAAUGUUGUUCCUUCUCGAUCUCAAUAAUGUUAUUAAGCUAUCUAAAUAUGAAAGAAUUUUCCUAUCAAUGCAACAUGGCUAUUUUAGCACAGCAUAAAGAGAAACAAAUGACUUUUCACUCCACUGAAGUACUGGCCCUACGAAUUGCUUCUGUACUCCUACUAUCCAGUGCAGAAAAUGUGCAACAUUUCUCUAUUACAUGUAGGUGUCAACAACGUAUCAAUAGAAUAUAUAAACAGCGGAAUCAUUGUCAGUAAGUUCUAGGUGAAAUGGACUUUUGCUUUCUUGCCCCACUGAUGGAAUCCAAAGCUCUCUCAAUUGAGGCACUCCCGGCACAAAGUCAGACAACCAAUCAUUCUGUUUUAUUGUAAAAAAACCAAUGCUAGUGGCUAUAAUGUUCUUACUACAUAUGCAUGAAGGCAAACUCGCAGCACAGGAGCAAAAGGGCUGCAGUAUAUCAUAGUGAACACAUUUUUGAUUGAUAUGUAUAUUUUAGGAGCUGCCUUUUUUACAUUGUGAUCUGUCACUCCACAUUAACAAAAAAUUGUGACCAUGGCAAUUUUGAUAUUGGUGGCAAGCAUUUACAAUAAAAUUAACCCACUAGCAAAAUGGCAGAGUCAUCGGCAGCUGUGCCAUUUUCUCACUGGAAGAAAACAAUAGACGGAUGUCACGUUCUAAAACAUUUUUGGACAGUGUUCAUCAAGGGAAAAUUGUUGCCCCUUGCAUUAUCCAAAUAAAUUCUGCCCAGCUUCACUGUGUACCAAUUCUGCUUACGAUUGCAAUUUAAUAAAAUGGAUGUUGUCUUUAUUUUACUUAAAUUGGGCCUGCAAGUACAUAAAGUAAUUACCCAUUUUCUGCUGGGGAAAACGGGUUGGGAUUUUAAGUUUCCAGGGUAUUGCAGACUUUACUAUGAAAACCAGCCGUAUUUACUUUUUGUAAAUGGAUUAGUACUUUGUAGAGUGUGCAAAAUGCACUCAGUAAUGUGACCUUCAAAGAUCAAUGAAAUUCACCUCUCAACUUUAGCAAAUGAGAAAAAUAGUGCAUCACCCCCUGUGCUCUGUUUCCAUGGGUGCAUAGUUCUGAUAACCCAUGCAUUUACCUUAUAUCGUUAAUGCCUGUACAGAUAAUGAGGUGUUCAACGAAUGGCUGGUGGUAGUUAGUUUAUGUUUUUCAAUCCAAUUUGCAGAUGUAUUUGUUGCUGUAUAGUGAUCGUUUUGCAAAAUAAAACUGCUUGUCAUGGUCUGAA